AUGCCUUGCUUUCUUGGCCUCGCCGUUUCCAUUCAUACACCCUCAGGGCCCCUCCCCGAGUACUCUAUUCAGAAGCAAUCCAAAUUCCACCGCAUCACCUCGUACAUACCAGUUCCCCCCGCCAGGAUCUCACCCGAGACCAACAAGCCCGAACAAUCUACCUUUGCCAUAUCAAUCACGCUUCUGACACCGGGACUCAAUGUACCGUAUUCGACGCCGAAGCCUACGCCCGAGGAACCGAACCCACGGCCCAAGAUUGUUGGAGGGUUGCCCGGAGGGUUGGACAGGACUGGUUUGAAUGGAGGCAGGAGUUCCGGCCCGGUGAUAGCGCCGUAUAAGCCGCUGACGAGUUCGCCGAACGAGACUAUUGCGGCCUACAUCUAUUUUGACGGUAGAGCGAAGGAGGAAGUGGCUACAUUGCUUAGGCGCGGUGAAGAGACGUGGGUGAAUUCGAGAUGGGUGAGCGUUCCCGCGUCGGAAGGUGGAGGCCUUGCUGAGCGGGAGUUUCUGUUUAGAGAAGUGGGAUUGGAGAGAUGGCUCAAUGGACUAGACUUGGAAGGAAAAGAUGUCGCAGCUCGGAUUGAGCGGAGAAAACAGCGCCUAGAGAAGAAGAGGAGAAAGCGAAGAGAGGCGAAAGGCAGCGAUGAUGAAGACGACUCGACGCGUGCGAGUUCAUCACGAAACGGCAUCCUACGAUAUGGCGAUAGCAAGGAAGCGCCUGUGGAAGCGUUAUCAGGCAACGAGGACUUCUUCACAUCCGACUCGGACUCAGAGGACGAGCCGCCCGUACCCGAAGCGGCGGGGCAGAUUAAGGUCGCCCUGUACCGCGUCCUCGCAUCUGGGGAGAUCAAGAGGGGCGAGUACUCGCCGCAAUUCGACGCCCACGAUGAUGACGACGGGACACAGCCUGCUGGCGGCGAGGGCGAUGAUGUCGAUCAUACCACGAGCUUUGCGAAGCCGAAGUCUUUGGAUCCUAAGAGUAUCAGCACGCAAACCGUAACCGGGAUAGACCCCCCGGAUAAGCCAUAUGCCGUCUUCACAUUCCUGUAUAGAGGAGAGCGCCAACUCCGCAAAAUGGGUAUCCUACCCCCCGAGAAACCUAUCGCUUCCACGGCCGCCACAGCACGACGACGCCGCUCCACCGGCCUCAACUUCGGCGACCUGAAGCCCCUAAAUCCGCCCGUGAACGCGAAGAACUUCAGCGGGUACCGCGACCCGAGUGCUCAGUCACCCAAGUCUGGGAAGAAGAGCAGGGACACAGAUGCCAUGGAUAGCGACGCGGAUGACGAGGACGAGGAGAGUAAAAUCAAAGUAGAAGACAUGGACGAUGACAGGGAUACGCCGAUUAAAGAGGAGCGACUGAGUCCGGAGGAUGCGGCGAGGACGGGCGAGUUGACGGAGGGGGUGAGGAAGAUUAAGCUAAAACGCCAACAUUCCGCCGAACCCGUGGCCCAACCUUCCCCCGGCGCAAAACGCGGUUCCGUAGACCACAGCCCGCUAUCCGGCACGCCCGUGCCCAGCGCUUCGGAAGCAACAGCAGCAUCUUCGUCAUCAUUAGCGGCGGGCGCAGAAGCGCCCUCUGCGAAGGUAGCCAAGUCGUCGCUGAAUUCGGACGUUGGCAGUGAGCCGUCCAUCGGCAGCCCCUUCAAGAAACAGCGGGCGAGUCUGCCGGGAUUUGACGAAGGGGUUCGGAAGAGCCUGGGUGCGGCGUUGAUGGGGGCGAAGGAGAGGGGGCUUUCAGAGGGGACUGUUCAGGGUGGUGUUGCUGGUAGUAGUGGGUUGGAUGGAGCAUUUGGGGCGACGGCGACGGCGGGUGCGUUGGAGGGAAAAGGCCAGCAGCAGCAGGAACCGCCUCUGGUGGAGGUGAAGAUGGAGGAGGAGGAGGAGGAGUUGUGA